AAUAAGUUGAACUUGAAGCUGUGACAGUGAAGCUAGCAGAUAAGAUGAGAUUGCAGAUUGCUAGGGUGUAAGGCAGUCUCAAAUUGAUCUACAAUAAUUACCUCAUAUACCUCUUUUUUGGAAGUCAAGUCAGUCACUAUGGCUAAACUAGUGGGCUUGGAUAAAGUUGCUAGGAUAUUCCAAAUCUUGAAAUCCAAUGGUGGGAUUAGGGCAAGUCUGUACAAGCUUUACAGGUUUGAUGACUUGAAGCUGGGAACACAUGUUGGCACAGACAAGUAUGGAAACAAGUACUUUGAGAACAACAUGUACUUUGUAGGUCGUAACCGGUGGGUCGAGUACGCGCCGGCCGUCGGAACUGACUACGACGGCAGCAUGGUGCCGGCAGAGUGGUUCGGCUGGCUCCACUACAAGACCGACGAGACGCCCAUCCAGAAGCCGCCGGUGCGGUACGCCUGGCAGCGCGACCACGAAGCGAACCCGUCCGGCACCGCAGAUGCCUACUACCCCUACUCGACCACGCGACCCAAGGUGGAGGCCUGGGUGCCGCCCAAGAAGUAGUUCGCGAAUCGCGGCCGGUGCACGCCGCUGUAUAUAGCUGGGACUGAUAAAACGGGGAGGGUGGUAAAAUACAGUGAUGUGUAUGUGAA